AUGCGAAGCAUGAUCGACCAUAUGCCAGAAGCCGGACUUACGCUGGGAGAGCAGAUCCUAUUUCCUGGACAAGCUCUUCCAACGUCUGAAAGUCACAGGCUCAGCCAAAACAAGGUCGCCCGGAUCAAUCCCGCGACCAGCUCUCGUGAGCUUCGAGUCAAAUGGGCAGUAGUCAGCUCGCUAAUGAUGAUUCAUAUCAACAGAUAUCUCAUCGAACCGCUCCCUCCACAGCGGGCAGAGGACCCUCAUAGAGGACAUCCCCCACCAGUAUGCUCUUUCCAGUGGAAAUCGCAUCUGCAGUGCAUAAUAACUGACGCUCUACCUACACGUGUAGGUAAAACUUGUUCUAUUUAUGCUCUUGCAAAUGAAAUUGGUUGGGAUGUAUUUGAAUUGAAUUCAGGAGUUUUAAGAAAACGGAAAGAAAUUGAUAGGUAA